UGCCGUUUUCUUCUCCAGGAGUGAUUUGAAGCGCUUUUAGAAGGAAUAGAUUUUGUUGUUUUUGGAAAACUUUUCGGUGGAGUUUCGAUUACUUGGGAGGGAUUGCAUGUUGGUGCGAUUGGGAGAGGAAUCCAGAGGGAGGAGGAGUUGGUGGUGUUUGCCUUUUAGGGUUUUUUCCCGUGAUGGAGUGAAAAUGCCCGAGUGACUAUGGCAUAUGUGGGAUUGUACAGAUGGAGAAAGUAGGUGGUGUUUUCAAGUGUUAAUGGGCGAGGUCAACGUUGGGUUUUUUGUAGAUUUGAUGCAGUCACGGUUUGGGGGCUUUUCGAAUUUGGCAUUUUGUAGGACGUGUUUGUAGAUAGUCAUGGAUCCUUCCAGACGGCAGGGUGGUGGUUAUGCAGUGUUCGCGCAAGAGCAACGGCAGAGAGAGCGUGAACAGGCGUAUGAAGAUUCGUUGGCUGAUGAUCUGGGUGAAGAAUUUAGGCUGCCUAUCACUCACCGGCCUGUAGAAAAUUUGAACACGGAAUUCCUUGAGCAGGCCUCAGUCCAUACGUCUCUAUCCUCGUCCAACAUUGGAUUUCGCCUCCUCCAGAAGAUGGGGUGGAGAGGGAAAGGGCUUGGUAAAAACGAACAAGGUAUUGUUGAACCAAUCAAAGCUGGUGUUCGAGACGCAAAGCUUGGAGUGGGGAAGCAAGAGCAAGAUGACUUUUAUACAGCAGAGGAAAACAUCCACCGCAAAAAACUUGACGUGGAAGUGGAAGAAACAGAGGAACUGGCUAAGAAACGUGAGGUUGUCGCUGAGCGUGAAACGAAAAUACAAAAUGAGGUGAAAGAGAUUCAUCGCGUCUUUUAUUGCGAACUCUGCAACAAGCAGUAUAAGCUGGCUACCGAGUUUGAAACACAUCUCAGCUCUUAUGACCACAAUCACAAAAAGCGUUUCAAGGAGAUGCGUGAAUCCCAAGGGGGCCGAAAUAGGGAUGAGCGACAAAAGAGGGAGCAAGCUCGUGAAGAGAAGGAGUUGGCUAGAUUUGCUCAACUGGCUGAGGCACAACGCCUACAGAUGGAGGCUAAAGCUGCUGGAAGCAGUGGGACAAUGGAAAUUGUACAAGAGCAACGUCCCACUUUGAAAUUUGGCUUUGGCUCUAAACCAAUUGCUUCCAAGAUGUCGAUGGGGCUUGCUAUAAAAAAGACCAAAGUGGCCUCCAAAGUCGCAUCUGUGUUUAAGAAUGAUAGUGACGAAGAAACUUAGUUUAGCACCUUUGUACAGUAACCUCCUUGAAAAUGGCGAUGCCGAAAUAUUUCUUUCUCCAUCAUGUACCAAGAGUUGGUUUGGAACUUUGGUAGUAAAUGCUUCAGCGUGAAGCUGAGUUUAUGCACUGGA